AUGGCCGCUGCUUUCGUCUCGUCGAGGAGCCUGGCCGCCACCUGCCUCCUCGCCCUGCUCCUCGCCGGCUGCCUGGCCGUCGCGAUGCCCACCGCCGACGCGCGCCGUCUCCUCGUCGAGGCCAUGCCGCCUGCGGCGUCCCCAGGGUUCGCGCCGUCGCCGGCGUCGGGUUCUGAGGACGGUCACCACGCGGGCCGGAGUCUUUUCGAAGGUCGUGGCCUGCUCGCCGGUGGGUUCCGGCUCGCGGGGAGGUUGCUCAUUGGUGUUGAACUCUGA